UUCUCCCAGCUGACUGCUUACUUUUAUUUACAAAAUGCUGAGAAAAGUAUUAUUUAAUGUUAGAGUUGUAUUAAAACAACAAAAUCAGUUCCACCGCGCCAAACACCUGGCCACCCCAAAGAUUUUGCAACUCGAGCAAAUCCAUAUCAAUGAAGCUAUUAAAUUGGAACCCACAUUAUCCAUUUACUCCCCCGAGAUUUGGCGGCGGGCCCACGAAACCUUUCAAAAUCAUGGUCUGGAAACUGUGAACUUCCUGAGAAUCGUUACGGGAAAUCCUGCCGUGCUGAAGCGAACACCGGACAAAAUUAUAAACAGCCUGGAGAUUUGGCGGGCUUGUCAAUUUGGAGAGCAUUUGCUCCACCUGCUUCUUACAAAAUACCCAGAGCUCUUGGACAUUACCGAAUCCCACCAGCUGCUGGAGCACAUAGCCUUCCUGAAAAGUCGCGUCUCCACCAGUAAAAAUGUAUGGAAACUUCUGAUGAAUAGUCCAGAUCUGAUUGCUCAACCGGAGGAAUCGCUGGAGGAGAAACUAAAUUACAUCAUAGAUGUAAUGCGUAUUGAAGUUCCCGAAAUUGUCAAAUCCGCUGCUUUAACAUUGCCCUUCGAGGAGAUUCGCUGUCGCCAUCAGUUCCUUGUUCGAUUGGGUUUGUUCAAGCCUCGUCCUUUAAAGGCAGAUCCUAAUGAGCCCACGACUAACCAUAAGCUAUACCAGAUUACGGACACAUCGGAGAAGUCCUUUGCUACCAAAAUCUGUCAUGUUACUUUGCCGGAGUACGAGGCUUUCAAGGAGCUCUACGCCAAAGAACUGCAGCGUAAGAAUAAAAAGUCAAAGGACGAGGAGGAGUUCAGUGAUGAGGAUGACUAGAAUUUAAGUGUUAUAAUAUGUCCUUUAUAUAAAUAUAAAAUUUA